AUGAAGACUCACGAAUGGCAAGGCGAACAAGGGGAGCAGCCAAGGCACUGUGGAGGGGACGAGCUGGAAGGAGAGGAGAGACGAGGAGAGAGGGAGAAAUUUUGCGUGGGGAUGAAGAUUUGGAUGCGAGAGCGUCAGCAACAGACGUCCAAUGGCAGCAGUCAUCAGCUCCUGGAACAAGGGGCAUCUGACACGAAAGAAUUGGAUGCAAGACAAAGCCCGCAAAGCCCAGCCUGGCAAUGGCAAUCCAAUGCGCUGGCGCUUCGGCUCACUAACGACAAGGGCGUCCCAGUGGCCUCGGGUAGAACGUCACAGGGCAUCACGCCACUGACAUUCAGGCAGGGCGUGGAUCUCGUCUCGGCGCCCUAUGGCGGCUUGCAUCAAUUGAUCCGUGAUCUGGUGGCCCCUCCCUCCCCUGUGGUUUUGGAACUCGUACUUGGUCAACUGAAAGGCACGGAGACGGACUGCCGCUUCGCGUGCCUUUCUGUGGAUGCACCUUGGGGUCAGCAGACUGGCAGUGGCUUGCAGCCCGUCGAUAGGUACCAGGAUGAGGAGAGAGAGAGCUCAUCGGUCAACGCCGUUCUCAAUGCGGCCGCAGGAGCUCAUCUGCAGCAGCACCGGAAACCUAAAGCCGUCCAAUGCCCAGCUCGUGUUCCCAAACGGAACCUUGAGAAGUACCUACAUAGUAGUGGUUUCUGCCAUUCAAGUGCCUAA